CAUACGUACACUAAUAUAAAACCGCAAAUACCUGGCCGCCAAUUUCUUCAAUUCCUCUUAGAACGUUAAGUUUUCACUUUACCCCUCUCCUUCACUCGUAAUUACCAUUCUACCAUUCUUCUUACGAUCUCCGCCGAUCACCGGAAAACCGAUAUUCGCCACCACUCCGUCUCCGCCGCUGAAAUUCUCGGAAAGUAAUUACUGUUGUUUAGCAAUGAUGCCAUCACCGAGAACUCACCGGCGAGGUAACGACGAGAAAAAUCGAAAGGAUAUUAGGUUAUCGGAGAAAUCCAAGUCGUUUCACGGACAGAGCUCAGGGAGCAGUAAGCCGGAGUUGUUACGAAGGCCGAAGACAGUGCCGGACUUACUCUCCGGCGGUAUAAAUUCCGCCGGUGAAUCGACGGCGGUGAAUAUCCGUCCGAUGAAGUUGACGAAGUUGCUGUUAAAUGUAACGAUUCAAAGGAGUGUUGGACCUGUACAAGUACUAAUAUCAUUGGAAUCGACGGUAGCAGAUCUCAUCGCCGCCGCUUUACGGCAGUACUCGAAGGAAGGAAGACGGCCGGUGCUUUCCUCCAUUGACGCCGCCGAUUACGAUCUUCAUUACUCGCAGUUCAGCUUAGAAAGUUUGGAGAGGGAAGAAAAUCUCAAUGCAUUGGGGUCAAGAAACUUCUUUAUGUGCCCAAAAAACGAUGCCUUAACGACGUCGUCUUUAAGCUGUGGAAAACAAGUUGAUACAACUACCAAGAUAUCUUUGCCAUGGCUAAAAUUCAUGGAUUUUUUGUUGUGAAAAAUAAUAAUUUACAACCUUGCAAGAUAGUAAUAUUUCUUUUUUAAAAAUAAUAUUUCUAAGUUUUGCUCGGUCGUUUCUCAAAUAAAUUCACUCAAUAUUCGAAAAAGAAUAGGCUUUUGAAAGUCUAGCUAUACUAAAUUAUGUUGUUAUAGCUUGAGAUUGGACGUUUGAGAUUGUAUUUCAUAUUACACAUGUUAUAGUUAGUCCAAAGUUGAGAAAGAUGUAUAUAAUUAAGUUAUCUUAUCAUGAUGUAAUAUAGUUUUCAAGUGUUAUAUAUAAUUUGUAAUGUAUAUACAACUAUUGAUAUUAUUACUUAUGUAAAUUGUGUACUAUUA